AUGGAUAGCUAUAUUUGCACUAGCAGCCAAAACAAUAACGCCAUAGCAGCAAAGCUGCAUAUAGAAGAUAUAAGGAAGCGCAAAUUCUCAAUCGGUGAGAGUCGUCCAAACCCAUUAACUGAAGAUCUUCAAAAUGCUGUGGCCAACCUCUCCUCCGAGCUCUAUACCAAAGAUGUCCAUUUCCUUAUGGAGCUUAUUCAGAAUGCUGAAGACAACGAGUAUUUAGCUGGAGUGAAGCCGACGCUAGAGUUUGUACUGACGACAGCUGAUAUAACAGGAAUCGGUGCACUAGCGACUCUAUUGGUGUUUAACAAUGAAGUUGGGUUCUCUAAAACCAACAUUGAUUCCCUUUGUGGCAUUGGAAGAUCCACCAAGAGGGGCCAGAGGCACCAAGGCUUCAUCGGAGAAAAGGGGUUUCGGCAACUUACAGGAAUAGGAUUCAAGAGCGUGUUUCUUGUCAGUGGACUGCCACACGUAUUUAGCAACGGAUACCAAAUCAGGUUCAGUGAAAUUCCAAAUCCUGAUUGUGCCAUUGGGUACAUUGUCCCAGAGUGGGUUUCCACAAACCCAACUUAUUCAGACAUCCGGGCCAUUUAUGGGUCUGGCAAGGCUCUGCCAAAUACUGUGAUUAUUCUCCCUUUAAAGCCUAAGAAAGUGGAAGCUGUGAAGAAACAACUAUCAGAAAUUCAUCCUGAAGUAUUGCUAUUUUUGAACAAAAUCAAGCGAUUAUCAAUACGAGAAACCAGCAGUAAAACUUGCAUUGCAGACUCUAUUUCUGCAGUUUCUAUCUCUACUGAGACUAACCUUGUCUCAUUAAAGACUCAGGGAGCAAACUGCCGUGUAGUCCAUCUUUCAGUUCAGGAGGAAGUGGACGCGACCGAGACCACAUGCCCUUAUUAUGUAUGGAGACAAUGCUUCCCUGUAAAACCGAAUAAUAUGGUGGAUGCAAGGAAGGAUAUAAAAGAAUGGGUGAUAUCUCUGGCUUUUCCAUCUGGUGAGCGACUGAAGCGGGGGACUUCUUCCACUGGUGUUUUUGCCUUCCUACCUACUGCAAUGGUUACUAAUUUCCCAUUUAUAAUCCAGGGAGACUUCAUACUUACAUCUUCUAGAGAAACCAUACUGUUGGAUAACAAGUGGAACUCUGGAAUCCUGGACCAAGUGCCUUGCUCCUUUUGCAGCGCUUUUACUGCUUUUAUGAAGUCCACAUUGACUGAAAAAUACUUUUCUGUUGCUCAAGUACUUCAUUUCUUGCCUUGCCAAGUGUGUCCAUACAAAGAGCUAAAUACAGUGAGGCAAUUUAUCAUGAUAUUGUUGCAGGAAGAGUGUAUUGUUCCUUAUGAGACAUUUGUUGAUGAGAAGAUAGUCUUUUGCAAGCCAACUAACGUGAUAAGAGUCCUUCCUGAGUUCAGGAAAAUCAUGCGGCGUAUUAAAGAACAUGGUGUCCUUUCCCAUGCCAUUUCUGCUCAGGGGAAGUUUGUGUUGCAUAAUUCAGUAGACUGCAAAGAAUAUGACGAUUCCUGCAACUUUCUCAAAGUUGCUCCUGCAGGUAUUUGUAAUGACUGGUAUGGAAAAUGCAUUCAAGAAUGCAACCUCACUUGUAGAGCUUCUACAGAAGAGUAUGUGGAUCUUCUUUGCUUUCUUGCUGAAAAAUGGAGAUUUAUUCCACUAAGGAGUGUCAAUAGCAUACCCCUUUUCAAACACAUUACUUGGAAUGGAGAAAUAAAGUCAUGUAGUUUACAAGCAAUUAAGCAGGAACGUCUAAAGAUUCAUAUUGUCUGGGAGCCACAAGAACAUGCCUGGCUAAACAAAUGGAACCAAGUGAUGGGUUGCCCAUAUGACCGUUUCUUCUUCCCUGAUACCUUGGUGGCUGCUCUGGUAGGGUGUGAAAGACAAUACAACUUGAAGCAAUGGUUUAUCAAAUACGUGGGUUUGGUAGUCACUACUGUUUCUAAAUAUUGUUCACAACUUGGUUGUUUUCUUGAAAUAAAGAAAGACCCAAAACUUGUUGUCUUGUUUUCUCAUUUCAUGUAUCAUACAUGGUUAAGAAACUACAUUCGAGAGAGAGAGAUUUGUAAUGUUUUUCAUUUCAUGCCAGUCGUGGAUGAAUGUGGAAAUGUGAUUUUGUGCAAGAAUACUCUUGUUCUGGCUUCCAGUAGCAAAUGGAUAAAACUGUUUGGAUCUAAUCCAUUUACAAAGGCUAAUUGCAAGUAUGUUGAACUUGGGGUGGUAUAUGCUGAAGCUGCCGAAUUUGCUGGAGAAUGCACUCCAGCAAAUGAACUAUUGCAAUUUUUCAAAAAGCAUGGAAAAACUUCUGAUUUGCCAGACAUAAUACCUCAGGACAUGGCGUUGCAAGUUGCUUCUAGUCAACUAACAUGUGAGGAGGCUUUAAUGCUUCUGGCCUGGAUCCAAAAUUUGAGAGCUAAGAAAUAUGGAUUACCUAUAAGGUUCAUCCAAAGCAUACGGAACGGGAAAUGGGUUAAAACAUCUUCAGGAUUUAAUACUCCUUCCCAGUGCUUUCUUUGUGAUGGAACUGAGGUAUCAACUCUCUUGGAGAUGGGAAGAACUCUAAAGGUUUUAUCAGAUAUUGAUGAAGCGUAUUAUAUGGACAGGAUAAGAGCUUAUAAAUAUGAGUUGAUUUUCAUUGGAAUGCGGAUUGGUUCUGACGAUAUGUAUCAGCUUAUCAGUGACCACCUUAAGCAUCUUGCUUCCUCAUCAAUGAGCAAACCUUUUGCAAUUUUGCUGCUUAGAUUUAUAAGGUACUCAAAUCACCAAAAUAAACUUGAUGAAGACUUCUUAAAAUCUGUGAAAGCAGGGAAAUGGUUGAAGACAAACCAGGGGUAUUUGACUCCUCCAGGAACUGUCUAUCUGAUGCCUGAUAUGGUAGAUGGUUUUGUACAAAUUACAGAUCUGCAUGUUGUUGACAGAAGAUACUAUGAAAACCAACUUGAUUGUUAUGAGGAGGAGCUAAAGUUUCUGGGUGUUGUCAUCGAUCUGGAAGAUGUUUAUAAACAAAUACCAGAGCACUUUCAAUUUCCAAAAGAUCUUUCAAUUUUGACAAAAAAUAGUGUUUUUCUGUUGCUUGGAUGCAUCCAGCAUUUGGGGCUUGCAGGUAACAAUUUUGUGCAGAAAAUUAAAGACCAACCCUGGAUGAAAACUAGCUCUGGUUUCAAAUGCCCUUCAGAGUCCCUUCUGCCAGGUCUUAAUUGGGACCACUUAUUGAAUAUUGUUCCUUUGCCUGUUGUUGAUGAAGAAUAUUAUGGAAGCAGAAUUGGUUCAUACAGAACUGAACUUGAGGCAAUUGGGGUGGUUGUAGAUAUAAAUGGAGCAUGUAAAAUGCUUUCCUUUACACUCAAGUCAACAUUGUCUUCAAGCAGUUUAACCAGCACCAAUGUGUUCUCCUUACUCAACUGCAUCAGGUGCAUGAAUAAGAUAAUGCAGACACAAUUACUUGAUAUAAUUAGCUGCUUGUCAGGGGAGAAGUGGUUGAAGACUUGUCAUGGCUAUAAAUCUGCCCCAGAAUCUAUUUUGUUUGAUCAGAAAUGGGGAACAGUCUCCAAGUUCGUGGACCUUCCUUUCAUUGAUGAGGCUUUCUACGGUCUCUGCAUCCACUCAUAUAAAUGUGAAUUGAAUAUGCUUGGCGUUGUGAUUAAUUUUAGUGAAGGGGCUCAUUUUGUUGCAAGAGGUCUCAAGUUGCCAAGAGAAACAGCAUCUUUAGCACCAGAGGGUGCUCUCUCACUGCUUCAGUGUGCCACAUCCCUCAAAAAAAGUUGCAAGUCAACUGACCACUCUACAUUUAAGAUUUUGCUCAACAAAUUAACAGGAAGCAAAUGGCUAAAAACACACAUGGGCUACAGGUUCCCACAAGAAUGUCUCCUGUUCAAUCCAGAUUGGGAAUGUUAUUUAACACCAAAUGAUGGGCCUUUCAUUGAUGAGAAGUUCUAUGUAACUCUUAGUUCUCUGGAAAAAGAAGAUCUAAAAGCCAUAGGUGUGAAGGUGGAUAUUGAGGAAGCCUGCAAUCUUAUUUCCCAUGCUCUUACAUCCCAUGUUCAAACUUCUGCUGUCAGGAGAAUCUACAGAUUCCUAUACAAAUUUAAUUGGAAUCCACAGAUGCAGGACACACGUUCCUCUCAGUUAUGGAUCCCAGAUCAACAAAUGGGUAAAGGAAAAUGGGUGGAAAAUUGGCGUUGUGUACUCCAUGACCAGAAUAAUCUAUUUGACACUCGUCUGCAUGCUCUUGAUAAAUACUAUGAGAAGGAAUUGCUACCUUUUCUGUCAAGGGCUUUUGGGGUUUGCGAAGUUCCUUCACCAUAUGAUUAUUUAGAUAUCUGGAAUAUCUGGGAGGCUUCGCAUCAAGUUUCCACUGCUAAGCUAAGCUCCUUCUUCGGGCAAAUAUCAGAAAAUUGGGAAAACUGGGAUUCUGACACUAGAAGUAUCCUCAAAAGACAGUGCACCAUGCUUCCAGCGGCCAAUACUUCAGGAGCAGUUCAGUUUGUGAUGAAAGAAGAAGUUUUUAUUGCUGAUGAUUUGCAGUUGAAAAAUUUAUUUAUUGAAGCUAGUGAAAAUCCACUGUUUGUAUGGUUCCCACCAAAGUGUUUGUCAUCUCCAGCUAAAUUGCUAGAAAUUUACACGAGUCUUGGUGUUCGAAAAAUAUCUGAAGCUGUGAAGUUUGACCUACAUUGUACUUUGUCUGCAAGUAAAAUUAUUGAUGAUACAGAUUCCCUGAUUGGGAAAGCUUUGAUCAAGUUGGUGUUGGCCUUCGCAAAUAUGCCAAUGGAAGAAAAACACAAGACUGCAAAAUCUCUCCUUGAACUCUCAGUUUAUGGCACGGAAGACCCAAUAUCAGUCCGGUAUGCCUUACAGUUACCUUUGCAGAAAAGGAGGCUAGAAGUAGAAAUUAAAAAAAUGGUGCUUUGGGAGAAGAACUCACAGAGACUGCUUGUCAAUAAAUCAACCUGGAAUGAAGGAAAGAAAGAUAUAAAAUUCAUUGCUUCUUUUGCACGAGCCAUCUUGGAAGCAGUUCUACCUAACAGUGUGGAUCAAAUGGACACACUUUGCAGAAUGAUCCAAAUGGGCAUGGCACUUGGGUUAGAGGAAGAUGCAGUGGACUACCUGCUAUGGACAGAGAAUUUGGAACUAUCUGUUGAGGACAAGGAAUUCCUUGAUCGUUCAUUUCCCUCUGGUAAGUCCUCUCCUGUUUUGGGCAAGCGCCUGUCUAUGAACCCCUUAUUGCCUUCAACUCCAAAUGGUUCAGCCUGUAGGAGGCGGCUUUGA